AUGCAGGGUCCAAGUCACGCGCCUGCACAUUUACACCUCGACAUUAACAUCUGCGCCUUCCACUUGACUUUCUUCCACGACCAACAACAUCGAUACCAAGAAGACACCCUCAACACAACCGCAACAAUGAGCGACACGUCUUCCGUCAAAGCCAUAAAGGAGUCCACCACGCGCCCGACCAGCGUGUCCGGCGGCGACACCGAGUCGGUCAUCUCUGCGCCGCAGAUUCCAGGCGCGCCGCCACCAACCCGCACCCACACUGUCGCUGGUGACCUUCCAGACUACGACUACAUCCAAGCCAAGCUGGCGAAUGCCCACCUCAGCACGCCGCCAACUUCCGUUAGAGCCGGAGAAGAUGCAGCAGGCGCCAAGCUGGGAAGCAUCACUUCGGAGGAAAGCGCAGAGUUCAUGGAGGCGAACAACUGGGCAGAGAACGCAGAGGAGGACCUUCUCAAUGCGCUUCACCGCAUCGCGACUGCCGCCAACGACGAGCACAAGGCCGACCCAAGCAAGAGCGUGGAGGAAUACUACUCAGUUCGCGUCGCCAAGGUGCUGAAGGAAGGACCGAUCAAGUUCGAUACUGAGUACUUGAAGUGA